AUGAGUUCUUUGACUUCCAAAUUUGCUGUGCUUUUGAUGCUUUCGUGUUUGAUUUUCAUCAAGUUUGAGUUCAGUCUGGCUUCCCCACUACUUAAAGUCGGGUUUUACAACAAAUAUUGCCCUCCUGCUGAGGCAAUUGUCAGAAAAGCUGUUUACAAGGCUGUGGCUAGCAAUCCAAGAACGGCUGCUGGGCUCAUUCGGAUGCAUUUUCAUGAUUGCUUCGUCAGGGGUUGCGAUGGUUCUGUGCUGCUAGACACAGUUCCUGGGGGCCCUGCAGCUGAGAAAGAUAGUAUUGUCAAUAACCCAAGCCUUCAUGGGUUCGAGGUAAUUGAUGCAGCCAAAGCCGAAAUCGAAGCUACAUGCCCUAAAACUGUCUCAUGUGCGGACAUAAUAGCAUUCGCUGCUCGAGACAGCGCCUUAAUUGCUGGAGGGAUAAGCUAUCAAGUGCCUGCUGGACGUCGCGAUGGCAGUGUUUCUUUGAGUGAUGAAGUUAUACAAAAUCUUCCUGCUCCUUUCUUCAACGUCACGCAACUCGAAGAAAAUUUCGAAGCAAAGGGAUUGUCCCUGGAUGAAAUGGUUACGCUUUCCGGUGCUCACUCCAUUGGUGUUGCACAUUGUUUUUCCUUCUCAAACAGGCUUUACAACUUUAGUGCUAGUCAUCCUCGAGAUCCUGCGCUGGAUCCCGAAUACGCAGCAUUCUUGAAAACAAUUUGCCCUCCUGCAAGCAACGGUGGCAGCAGUAACCCAACUGCUAAUCUUGAUGUUUCAACCCCUUUUCGCCUGGACAACAAAUAUUAUGUGAACUUGAAAUAUCAUCGUGGGUUAUUGACAUCUGAUCAAACAUUAUUGAGUAGUCCCUCGACUGCUAAGCAGGUUUGGUACAAUGCAGUAUAUGGAUCUGCCUGGGCUGCCGAAUAUGCUGCUGCUAUGGUGCAUAUGGGUUCCAUUGAUGUGCUGACUGGUAAAGUGGGGGAGAUCAGAAGAAAUUGCCAUUUCGUGAACUGA